AUGGCCCCCACUCCGAUGAAGUACUACGCCAAGGCGCAGUCUACCUUCAAGCCGCCUCUCGUCGCCAAUGAGAAUGCCUUUCUGGGCGAUGUGAGCUCUAGCGACAAGGACAAUGCCGAAAAGCCCAUUUCGGCCGGCUUCUACCGCCUCGAAAAGGGCACGCCGCUCGUCUAUACCUACUCCUAUGAUGAAAUGAAGAUCAUCCUGGAGGGCCAGUUUGAGAUUUCUGAUGAGACUGGUCAGAAAGUCACGGCUGUCCCGGGUGAUGUGUUUUAUUUCCCCAAGGGCACGACUAUCACCUUUACCACUCCGGAUUAUGGGCUGGCUUUCUUCACGGGCCAGCGAGCCGAGGGUGUGCUGUGA